GAGAUAUAUAGAUAGAGGUACAGGCCUUAUCUUCGUACUGCUCUGCUUCCUUGCAACUUGCAAGACUAACCCAAACUGCCAAUGGAAUAUCUUUCUUUAAUUGAAUUUUUUCUCCAUUUCUUCCCAACUCUCUGCUGCACACAGGAAUAAAGAGAGAGAGAAAGAGAGAAUCGUUUUGAGUUUUCCACCGAUUAAAUUAAAGAAACUGCAAAGGUUUCUCCAAAUCCUCAUUAGGCUAAGGCGCUGUUAAUCUUCUGAUGAUGACAAGUUACAAGUUCUGAUUUUCAUUUUAGUUUCAGAAAGUAGAGGAUGUAUCACUGCGUUCCGGACUUCGAAAUGGACGACGAUUACUCACUCCCCUCUUCUUCUGGCGCUGCUCGUCCCAGAAAAUCGUCCUUGCCUGAGGACGAGAUCAUGGAGCUGUUGUGGCAAAACGGCCAGGUGGUGAUGCAUAGCCAGAACCAGAGGUCUAUGAGAAGAUCUCCACCUUCCAAAUACGACAACGCUGUGUGUCCCGCAGAUCAAUCGGCGAACAGGGAGAUCCGAUCCUCACAAGAGGAACAAGAAUCGGCCGCACACCAGCAGCAGCACUUCUUUAUGCAAGAAGACGAAAUGGCCUCGUGGCUUCACUACCCUCUUGUCGAUGACGACCCUGCUUUGGACCACAAUUUCUGCGCCGACCUUCUCUAUCCUACGCCUAAUCAAAGUAACAAUAUCACCAAUACCAACGCUAAUCCUGUAUUCCGUACGAACGGCGUCACUGAACUCCGUCAGAAGGUGACGGGAGGGGUGGGGACCUCGAGGCCACCGAUACCGCCGGGCCGGAGGACGGACCUGGCGGACUCUAAUGUCCAGAACUUCGUGCACUUCUCGAGGCCCAAGGGGAAGCUUGCUGCAGGAGUCGAUAAAACGCGGCCGCUGAGUUCGAAGAGCAUGGCGGUGGUGAGGGAAUCGACUGUGGUGGACUCGAGUGAGACGCCGGUGGUGGGACCAGAAUCUUGGACGAGAAGCGCAGCGGAGGCGUCGGACUUCGGUAAUAGAGGCUGCCCGACCAUGAGCUGUGAUGCAGUGGCUGGCACGUCGUCUGCGGGAGCAGGUGGGAAGGAGAUGAUGUCGUGUGAGGUUACUUUGACAUCAUCAUCCGGCUGUUCCAGCGGCAGCGCCAGCGCCGAGCCGGCUAGAAAGCCGCCGGUUGAGUACAACCGCAAGCGUAAAGGAAUAGAAGCCGAGGACGCCGACUGCCAUUGUGAGGACGUUGAGUUUGAGUCUGCGGCUGCGAAUAAACAGGUUCAUGGAUCCACAUCUACAAAGAGAUCUCGUGCCGCUGAGGUCCACAACCUUUCUGAGAGGAGACGUCGAGAUAGGAUAAAUGAGAAGAUGAAGGCUUUGCAAGAGCUCAUACCUCGUUGCAACAAGUUUCAGUCGGACAAAGCUUCAAUGUUGGAUGAGGCAAUUGAGUACUUGAAAUCACUUCAGUUGCAAGUACAGAUGAUGUCCAUGGGUUGUGGCAUGGUCCCCAUGAUGUUUCCUGGUGUCCAGCAGUAUAUGCCAGCAAUGGGGAUGGGAAUUGGAAUGGGCAUGGGCAUGGAUAUGGGCCGGUCUAUGAUACCGUUUCCCAAUAUGUUAGCUGGUUCAGCGUUGCAAACAUCAGCAGCAGCAGCUCAUCUGGGACCACGAUACCCAAUACCAGCUUUUCAUAUGCCACCUGUUCCUGCACCCGAUCCAUCCAGAAUUCAAGCAACCAACCGGCCACAACAAAUGCUACACUCAAUUGGCACACAGCACACAAGCCAGCCCCGGUUCCCAAAUUUUGUUGAUCCUUAUCAGCAGUACGUUGCUACCCAUCAGAUGCAAUUAUCAAGACCACAGAAUCAAGCACUGGCCCAGCCAAGCACUAGCAAGCCAAACACCAUUAAGGGGCCUGAAAUUCCUGACAAUCACCAAUCAGGGACAUGAUACAUCAAUAUAUAGCGAGGAUCCCUGGCUGGCUGAGAAUGGAUGCACACAAGGUGUAGUUGAUGCCAGCUACUCUCUGAAUGGUCGGAAGUUUUGGCUUGAUGGAUUACAGGACUCUUCCCUGCUAACUUUUUUCAGCAUACGAGUGAAGACUCCUUUCCGAGAGAAGAUUUCCCAGAUGGUUAAUACAAUCAUACAAAUAUAUGUAUGGCUCCUAACAUGUAAUGUAAUUAUCUAUACCCACCUGUAAAUUUAUGAUUUUGCUGCCUUUUUCUCAUCUCUUUCAUUGUUUCCCUCCCUAAUAUGAAAAACUCUUAAAUGUUAAUUUAUUUAAGAUAUUUGUAUGAUAAUUUAUUUAUAUUUGGUUAAAAAAUCUAUCUGUCUCA